UGUGACAAAUCACUGCAGUCUCUGACCACUAUUCCUGAUAAAUAUGAACGAGCAUUGAUCAAGAUCCAACAGCUGAAGAAGGAGCAAGAGGAUUUGAAAGGAAAGGUUGAGCUCCAAAGUGUGGAGAUUGCACAGCUGACCCCAAGGCUCAAAUCUGAGCAGGAGACCCGCAGACUGAAGGAUUACAUUCAGCUUCUACAGGAGGCUCGGACACAGUUGCACCAGGAGCAGCGGGCUUGCAACAAUACCCGCAGACGUGCAGAGAAAGCCGAGAGGGAACUGGAGGAGGUCUAUGAGCGCAUGGAGAGCACUUCCAUGACGUCUGCUCAGACCAAGCAGAAGAGCAGCAAACUAGAGAUGCAACUUUUAGAGUUACGCAGAAUCAUUGAGGAGAAAGAAAACAUAGCAGAGAUGGCUAAAGUAGAAAAUUAGGAGUUAUCCAGAGAAAAUCAGGACCUCAGAAGAGAUAUUGAGAGACUUCGCAAGGAGUUCACUGACCUCCAGGCUGCUCCAGUGUCCUUGGAGCAUCCCAGCCCUUAUGGCUCUCCAACUGACCCCACCCCCACUGAGGAGCAGCAGCUAGUGGUACUAUCUGCCUGUCUACCCUCUGGGAACCACUAUGAGA